AUACGAAACGUCAAGCGCCGGGCAGGAACAACACAUCAGAAAGUUUUUUUUUGUUUGCCAGCAUUAAUGUUGAAACUGACACGCAGCAUAAAAACAUAAGUUUCGUAGUUCAAGCAAGGGGCUUCUGUUCCAGCUAGGACGAAACGAGAGUGGGGCAGAGAGGGAAAAACACACGUAUCGCACAAGGAUUGUUCGACGGAAGGACGAAUCCACGUAGCAGGUUGGCAAGAUGAUGGUGAAGACACUGCUAGUGUUCGUUGUUGCGGUUGUGGCACAAGCGCACGGGGUGAUGUUCCGGUUGGUUCCCAACACCCAAAAGUGCUUGCGCGAUGAAAUGCAGGGCAACCAAAUCGUUGCCGGCGAGUACGAGAUCACCAACGCGCCGGGCCAAAAGAUUGACUACGUGGUACGCGACACCAAGGGGCACAUUCUAGCGCAGAAAGAGGACGUCUCGAAAGGAAAGUUUUCCUUCACGUCCGAAAUGUACGACACGUUCGAGAUUUGCUUCAUUUCCCACGUACCAGCGACUCACCGCGGAAUUGAUCAAGAAGUGGCGCUCGACGUGAAGAAGGGAAUCGAAACGAAAAGCUACGAAGGGAUCGGCGAAGCGGCCAAGCUGAAACCGCUGGAGGUGGACCUGAAACGUCUCGAGGAUCUGUCGGAUGCCAUCGUGCAGGACUUUGCAUUGAUGCGCAAGCGGGAAGAAGAAAUGCGCGACACUAACGAGUCAACCAACAGCCGGGUCCUGUUUUUCAGUAUCUUCAGCAUGAGCUGCCUCCUGGGACUGGCUACGUGGCAGGUGCUGUACUUACGCCGAUAUUUCAUCGCUAAGAAGCUGAUCUAACCGCAAACGACGCGGCAUGCGCACACUGCUGGUUCGCGGUGGUCUUGCUCCGUGCACCAAGCAGCAAAAGGGUGGCAAUAAAUUCUUCGUAAUAUUCGGUGUAAUGAGUUGAUACUAAAAUUA